AGGUGAAGUUAACAUGAGGGCGCCCUUAUCAUAAUCUUGUUAAUUCAAUGGACACAGGUAACCAUGAGAUAUAAAUACCUAGACACACACGAUCAAACGUUUUCAAUUACCGAGAUUUUGGUUCCAAAAAGUUACCCAAAAAUAUGGCAGAAAUGGUCUGCAGAAGUGUGUUGCGCUGCGUCUUCUCAACAGAGCCGUAUAGGGCUCUGCAUCAAAACCAUGCCCUCUUUUCUCUCCCGUCAAUGACCCUUGGAUUUUCUUCACAAGCUAGUUUCGGUUACAGAAAUAAUGGAAACAUUAGGGCUAGAAAAUUUCACUUUACACGACAAACUCAACUUUUUUGCUUGCGUAACGACAACCAGUCAUCAGCUGAGGACGAGCAGGAACAAGGUCCGCCUCAAGAAGCCGUUCUUAAAGCCAUUUCAGAGGUAUCUAAGACAGAGGGUCGGGUUGGACAAACCACAAAUGUAGUUAUCGGAGGUACUGUGACUGAUGAUUCGACCAAUGAGUGGCUGGCUUUGGAUCAAAAGGUCAACUCAUACCCAACGGUUAGAGGGUUUACAGCAAUUGGAACUGGUGGAGACGACUUUGUGCAAGCUAUGGUUGUUGCUGUUGAAUCUGUCAUUCAGAAGCCUAUACCUGAGUGUCGUGUGAGGCAAAAAUUGUCAUCAAGGGGUAAAUACGUAUCUGUCAACAUUGGUCCUAUUCAAGUCAGCUCCAGUGAGCAGGUCCAAGCUGUAUACAAUGCCAUGAGGAGAGAUGACAGAAUGAAAUACUUUUUGUAGCGUAAUUUUCCAUUAUUUUUUGUUUGUACAGAAUUCUAAUAUAUGAGGCUGUAUGGUUUCCCCUUUCAUUUUCUUCUACUUAAACUACUUCGUCUUCUUGGUGGUUGCGGGUUUUUUUCCAUUGAUAAAUCUAUGUCAUUGUUUUAGGCAAAGGAAUGGUCAAAAUUAAUUAGUUAUACUCUGUAUGCAUGAAUGUGUAUGGUAUUAGUUAUUUAAUCACGAACCAGGUAGCAAAAAACUGUUUCUUUUUUUGUGAUUAAUAUUCUGAAUUUGGAAAGA